UGACCUUUGCUUUUUGCAGAUCCCCUAUGUAAUUAACUUUUGCUAGUAUAGGCAAGCUCUCUCUGCCUUCUGAGCCUCCAUCCCUCUCACUCCCAGUUUUAUAUCUUUACGUUGAUGUCCCUGUCCCCCACCCCUGCCAAAAUGUGUUGACUUCCCUUUGCUAUCUAGUAAUUUUUCCCCUUGUCUGCUGUGUCCUGCCAAUCAGUUUCUGGUUGGAAGAGAGUUUGCCUUGCUCGUAGUUCGCGGCACAGCAUGCAUUUUUGCUACACCCCAUGCCAUUAAGUAACAUCCCUGUGUUAAAUUUGCCUUUCCAGGUAAAAAGAUGGCAAAGGCCCCCCCAGAAAAGGAGCUGUGCCCAUACUGUGGAAAGCCUUAUAAGUGGCUGAAGAUGCACCUGCCACGCUGCAAGAUGGCAGGAGAUGAGAGAGCUCCCUUAGACUCCAGAAAAGCACUGUCUGCUGACCUGGAAAAAGGGCAUUCAAAGCCAGCUCAGCUUCUGUCCACCAAGCAAAAGACGGGACAAAGCAAAGGCCAGGUAACAGCUGCAGAGACUGACUCAAAACCAGAAAGUCAGAAAAAGAAGCUUGGUGCAGCAAAGAACAAAGCACACAGCAAACAAAAGCCCCAAAGUGCUGCUGAAGGGAGAAAAACCAAUGUCUUGCACACAGAAAAACCAGAUAACAAUACGGAGCAGCUAAUUAAACGGACUUCGAAGAUGACUCAGAAAGAGAAGGGAAAGGGGACUCUCCAAAAAGAGGACAAAGCACACAUGAAGGCAGCGGGGAAGGUGCCUGUUAAGGCACAGGCUGCACAGGAGUUACUCCUGCCACAGAAAAGCAGAAGUAAAAAAGCAUCUGGUCUCACAAGUUCAGCACCUGGCAAAGGUUUGAAACUUGCUCCCGGGAGCCAGGAUGGAAAAUCUGCUUCAGGAUUUCCUAACGACCCAGUCGAAGCCCUUGCACCACAAAGAGGAGCCAAGGCAGAGGCUGGGGCUAAGGAUGUCAAUGCGUUGAAUGUAGUGAUUGAGAAGCGCCAGGUCAAAGUGCCCAAAGACCAGAAGAAAUCCAAGCCGAAGGACAUUAAAGCAAAAAGCACCCCUGAGGAGGAGCAUGAGAUGGAGAGCUGGUACAUGGACUUGCUGGAGCCAGACUGCUUAGCCAGCCACAGAGAGUUCAUUCUGGAAACCCCAAAUGCUGAGACUGUCAUUCCUGAGGCUGCAGAGAAAAGCACACUGAGAAAAAAGAAGAGAAGAAAAGGCGAUGGGUUCACUGCACUUGAAACGCCCGUGCCGGAUGUGCCCGUAGCAUCUGCGCCCCAGGGCCAUCUUGGUAAGCUUGUUCAGCAGAGCGGAGAUGAACAUCUGACAAGAGUGAAGUGGGUCGAUUUGCUCAGUGACGUGGAUCCAAAGGUCCACACCAGUGAGUCACGUCCAUCAGUCACAGGUACUUUCCCAAGUCACAGGGGAGAAACGCCCAAGAACUACCUCUCCUGCAUAGCGCAGCUCGCGAAGGAUAAGCAGCAGCCUGCCCACGUCUCCAACUCUCCUCCAAAUACACCAAAAGACACGAAGCUGGCUUUGAAACAGUAUUUGCUCUCCAACUCCCAACACCAACCCCUCCACCUGUCCCAGGUAUCUGGCAAUAGCAAGCUGGAAGGUGCCCAGGGGCUGGAGUGGUUUCCAGAACUGUAUCCCAGUUAUCGCAGGGUGAAUGCAUUUCGAGGGAAGCCUCUGCAGCAGGACGUGGAGAUUGGAGAAGCUAGGCGCCAUCUCUUUUCUUACAAAGGGCAGCAAGGUCCCCUCCUGGAAAAGCGGCUGCCAGACGUGACGCUGGGGGAGCUGCCUGUUUGGCUGGUGACCCGUGACUUCUCUCCGAAGGGGCUGCUGAACACAACACAAACAGCCUGGAACAGCUUCUACAGCAAAUACAUCGACUUGAAGAAGGGAGGAGCUGCAGGGAUCUCCAUGCUCUUGGCUGGCUACUGCGUCCUCAGCUACUGCUGGCAAUACGAGCACAUGAAAGCCGAUCGGUGGCGUAAGUACCACUGAAGAUGGCACCAUGACAGAUGAGCUGGGACGGCGGUGUGGGAACAGGGCCUGGAUCUCGCUGCCUGUGUUCCAGCAGGGAUUUGGGGCAGGCACAGGAUGCUUUGGUUUUUAAAUUAAAUAUAUUAAGUUUUUCCUAA